AUGUGCUUAACCGGGAGUGCUCUGCUUCAUAUGUCAGGUUUCCAUGAUGUUCACUUCCCUGUCUUUCCCAAGUUGACACAUUUGACAAUCGGAAUGGGGGGCAGAAGCCGGGUUCUGCACUCCUUGCUCAGUUCAGCCUCCAAACUACAAUCUCUUGUCAUUGACCUGGAGUAUCACACUGGACCAGCAACAGUGUGGGAGGAUUUAGAAACCGCCUGCACGCCCGAGUGUUUGUUAUCUAGCCUGGAGGUAAUCGAAAUUAAGGAUCUUGUAUGGCAGGAAGGUGAUUGGAACAUAAUUGUACAUUUAGUCAACACCGGAGUUGUCCUGAAGAAGGUGAAUAUCCACCUGAAAAGUUGUGAUCAUGAAGCAUGGGGCCGCACAGCUCUUGCCGUACUGCUAAAACAGUGGGGAGGACUGCGCGGUCGCGAAGCUCGGCUUUUCCUUCCCAACAACAAAGAGAUCCGCAUCAGUAGCGACGACGAGAUCAACAAUGAGGUCGACAAGAAAGAGGGGGGCCCUUGAAGUAUGAUGGUGGUGAAUAGAAAGGAGCGCCUGACUUGUCCUGACGAACUUAGUUUGGUAACCCUAGUGAAUAUUUCUGAUGAUAUGAACUCGUAGGAUAAUUUUGAGUUAGUGGUGCAUUUACAGAGUAGCGGUUUCGAUGCAUGUAAUGCCGAGACAGUGCUAGAACCUUUGGGUCCAGGAAAGGAUGUUUUACUUAGUAUGCUCAUGUUUAGGUUGAUUCUGAAGUUUUCUCAUGUUUGGUUUUUUGAGAACAUGAAAUGCUGCAUAAAAAUGAAAGGAUUGAUCACUAUGGUUAUGAGGUGGUGUGAUUUUCAGUACUUCCUCAGGGACCAAAGUCAAGGCACAUGUAAUGACGAACUUGGUCAAGUUUGAUCCAAGGGACCAAAGUCAAGGCACAUGUAAUGACGAACUUGGUCAAGUUUGAUCCAAAAUUCCACGUAGUUGGUAUUGGAUGGUAUCGAAAUAAAAG